AUGUCGAACGAACGCACUCCACUGCUCUCACGCUCCUCAUACGGCGGCGACGACUUCUUUUCAGACCCGCACAGGCAAUUCUGCAUGCUUGUCGGCGUGCCACCAUCAGUCCCCGAUCCCAGCGGCAGCACCAAGAAUGGCUCCUCCUUCUCGCCUUCCAAGAAAUCCCUAUACGUUCGAGCGACACGCCAGCUCCAGAAACAGCGCUUCACAUACUACUUCACUGCAUCACUGUCCAACACACUCCUCCUGUCCCAAGUGGUGCUUGGCGCGGCAUUGACCGCCCUUGGGGCUUCCGAGUCCUCGCAUGUGCUGAUCACGUUGUUCGGCGCCCUGAACACCGUCAUCGCCGGGCUCGUGGCGUACCUGAAGUCGCGCGGCCAGCCGAUGCGGGCGCGCAUGUAUCGCGACGACCUGGAGCGCGUUGUCGAUGAGAUCGAAAACUCCGAGAUCAUGUGGCUGGGCAUUACGCGCCGGGUGCACGGCUACGACGAAAUCAACACGGACGAUCACCAGGUCACCGUCCGCAGCGAGGUGGCGAGGCUGACUCGUCUCUUUGAUCGCGCGGUGAGGACCAACACGGCCAAUAAUCCGGACAUGUACAUGGCUGGCAGCGCGGGCAUCUAUGAUCCUAUGAACACGGCUUUGAGGCCGAGACCGGCCGUUGUCCAGGUGCCUGGGGCUUCGUCUGCCGUGCCUAUUUCUCUGCCGGUCGGCUCGGGUGCCCAGCCUGCGAUUGCGGCUCCUGUGGUGACGGUAGAUCCUGGGACGGGGACGGCGGCGGGAGGUGUUGCGGUGCCCGUGCCCGUGCCGCCACAGCAGACCUUGGAUCCGGAUCCGGAUGAAAGCCCUGCUACAGCGGCAAAGCCGAUGCCAGUGAAGGAGGAGCCUAAGGAGGAGCCUAAGAAGCAACAGACUCAACAGGAGGAGGGUAAGAAGGAGGCCGAUAAAGGAAAGGAUAAAGAUGAGGAACCGACUGAUGAUGAAGAUGGAGCUAAAGACUCUGUUAACGAUAGAGAUGGACAUGCCAGGAAAGAGAUACACGAAGGCACAGCGAGCGAUGCUGAUAGAGAUGACACUGAACCCAAGGAAAAGGGGCAAUCGCAUCACGACAAGAAGGACGAUGGCCAAGCUGACAAGCAGAACUCUAGUGGAAAAGAACAACGAGACGAUACCACACCUGCGGACCGUCGCGGCCAGAGCAAAGCAAGAGAGAAGGAAAAGGACACAAGUGAAAGCGAAGAUGACGGCUCUUCUUCCACAAAGCGAGGCAACGGCAAGUCAUCUUCAUCUACGUCGCCUUCGUCCCCGUCUUCGCCUCGCUCUUCAUCUACGUCACCACCUUCAGGACUCAAAGACAAAGACAGUGGAAGUUAUACCACGCCAGAGUCGAGAUCUCAUAGCUCUCCACCGCCUCCAUCUCCUCCAGCGCAACAGCCACAACCACAACCACAAUUCGACCCCGAUGCGUCGCCGGCCACUGAUCCAAAUGUACCGCGGAAGAAACUACCACCUGCUCCCACUUGA